UUUCGUGCUCUGGUGCCCACAGUAGCAGAAUAAAGAUUUACCGACUUUAUAAGCGAUGUAAAUUACGACAAAAGUCCCUACUUUGCUUUCCUUUUCGUGGGAAAGUCACAGAGAUCAAUUCCUUGGGAUUUUUGCCCAGUUCAAGUUCAGCUUUGGUGAAUAAUACCGCUACUCGUUGCCCAGGAUGGGUGACAGUGUUACUGCAAGACAUAGAGCGAUACCGGACGAUAAAAUAUGUUUGCGGUUGAUCCUGGUAUCUGGCAAGACACAUGAAUUUUUAUUUUCACCCAGUGACACAGCAUAUUACAUAACACAGCAUGUCCAUGAUAACUGGCCUGAAGGUUGGAAGGAUGAAGCAGUCAGUUCCCACAAUAUUCUAAAACUUAUUUAUCAUGGACGAUUUUUACACGGAAAUGUGUCUUUAGGAGCACUUAGUCUUGAGCCUGGUAAACGCAGUGUGAUGCACCUCGUAGCAAGAGAAAACUUACCUGAACCAGCCACACAAGGUCAAAGAAAUCGUGAGAAAACAAGUGAACAAAGCUGUUGUUGUACAAUUGUUUGACUCUUAGUUUAACUUUUUAGAUGCUGAAGAAGUGAUCCACUCUGUGUUCACUUCAAUAGACUUGCAAUUAAAAAUGUUCAGAGUGUAACUCAACCAUAAUUUAGAUAAUCAGUGUGUACAUGCAUGUAAUUAUACUUGUGAUUUAAGAUAAACUCAAAACACUUUUAUGA